AUGCUCGAGUCCAUAGUUCCCGCCAUCGUCAACAACUGGCCGAUUGCCCUCGCCGUUGUUGGCGUCGCUUACUUGCUCAGAAACUACUUCUACCAUGGCCUGAACAAGUACCCGGGGCCUGUGUUGGCGAGAUUCACCGACUGGUGGAGGUUCUUUGACGUACUAGGGAGACGACCAGACAUCACACAUCUCAAACUACACCGAAAGCAUGGAGACAUCGUCCGACUGGGCCCAAACAUGCUAUCCUUUGCGAAUCCGCGGGCGUUGAAGACGAUAUACGGAUUGAACAAAGGCUUUGUCAAGUCCGGGUUCUAUCCCGUGCAGCAGGGGGUCAGCAAGGGCAAGCGACUGCCGUCGCUGUUUUCCACCACUGACGAGGCCUACCACGCCAACCUUCGGAGAUCCGUGAACAAUGCCUUCGCCAUGAGCCAACUAGUUCAGUACGAACCUGGCGUGACUGAGUGUGUCGAGGUGUUUCUUGACCAGACGGAGAAGCUGUACGCAAGCACAGGCAAAGUGUGCGACUUUGCCGAGUGGCUCCAAUUCUUCGCCUUUGAUGUCAUCGGAUAUAUCACUUACAGCAAACGCCAUGGUUUCAUUGAAGGGAACAAAGACGUCGACGGCAUGGUCGGAUAUCUGGGACAUCUCUUCUCCUAUGUGGCACCGAUCGGACAAAUACCGUGGUUGGAUCUCCUUUUCUUGAAGAAUCCGCUGGUCCUGCUGCUGGAUCGACUUGGGGUCAAGCUGUUCGCUUUUCCAGUAGCAACCUUUGCUCAACAACGAAUGUCGGAAAGAUUGGCCGAAAUGGAAGCCCAGGGCGUCGAAAAGGGCACGUCAAAACCGGACUUGUUGUCGAUGUUCUUGAAGGCACAAAACGACCGUCCGGACUUCAUGACUGACCACCGAGUUCUGACCAUGGCCAUCUCGAUGGCAUUUGCCGGGUCAGAGACCACGGCCAUCAGCUUGGCGGCCGUGUUUUACUAUCUCUUGCGCAACCCGCGAUGCCUUGAGAAAUUGAACAAGGAGUUGAACGACGCCGUGGAAGAAGGAAAGAUGGCAGACACCCCCACGGGAACCGUAACAUGGACCGAAUCACAACAACUACCAUACCUCGAUGCCUGUAUCAAAGAGGCAUUCCGGAUGCACCCAGCGGCAGGACUGCCUCUGGAGAGAAUCACACCCCCGCAGGGAAUUGAGAUCGACGGUCACUUCAUUCCGGGAGGCACCAUUGUCGGUUGCAAUGCGUGGGUCAUCCACAAGCGGGAAGACAUCUUUGGAAAACAGAUCGACAGCUACAUCCCGGAGAGGUGGCUUGAUGCUGGAAAGGAACAGCUGAAGGAAAUGAAUGGCGCCUUGUUCCAGUUCGGAGCUGGCUCGAGAACGUGCAUUGGCAAGAACAUCAGUCUCCUGGAGAUGUACAAGCUGAUACCAGCAUUCCUGCGACGUUUUGAGAUCGAAUUUGAGGACCCCAGCAAGGACUGGAAGUUGCAUAAUGCUUGGUUCGUCAAAGAACACGAUUUCUACUGCCGCUUCAAGCCAAGAAAGGCGCAAUGA